AUGCCUGCUGAGGAGGGUUCUACCAAUAACGACAAUGUCUUCGUCUUGGAAAUGGACGGAUUUCGUGGGGAUCUUCACUGCAUGACUUGUCUCAAAAUUUGCAACUACGAAGAGGGAGCUUACUGCUGCGAUGCCAUGGAGCGCAUGCCAGAAGCAGAUAAGAAGCGGGAGAGCGACUUCUUCAAGAUCUGCCUUCAACGCCACGCUAUCGACCAGAUGGUCAAGGCUCUGAUUGCUGGAAAGAAAGUUGUCGACAAGAAGGGAAAGUGUGUCUUUUGUCGCACUAGCAAGCAGCACAACGAGGAGAAAUGGUGCGAGGGGAAGACUGUCAUGGAGCUUUACUUGCACCAAGUUGACAAGGAGGAGCGCAAAAUCGAUCGUCACUUGGAACGCUUCCUCAACACCCGUCUACAAAACAAGAAGCAAGCUCUCAAUCAAGUCCAAGCUCGCAUCACACGCGAAAUGAAAGCUGCUCAUGAGCGAAUGGGGAUGAACAAGUUCGAAAGCAUCCACAUCCUCAACAAGCAAGGUCGGGAUGCUCGCAAAAUGCAGAGAAGAGAAAUCGAACACGUUGAGACUGAGAACGAGAAUAUCAGAAGGCGUCUGGCAAAGAAGCUCUUGAUUAAGAGAGAACAAACCGAGGAGAAGAUUCGCAACUCCGAGAGACCAGCUAUCCAAUUCGAGAGAGGCGUUCAAAAUCCAACCCAGCAUACAUAA